CUCUAACAUCAUUCAAUAAGUGAAAUCAUCCAUGACAAAAUCAAGUUAAUGGACAAAUUCCAGUGAAGAUGUUACCAGAAAGAGCAAAUCUUGGAAAAACUGGAAAUAGCUUGAAAGAGAGUCAAAGAAACAAAUAGAUACGAUUGCAGCAAAAAAUCCAGAGUAGAUACACCCCCAAGAAAUUCUCAAAAUACUCCACCAUAGACAGAUUUCAGCUUUGAGACGAGAUGGGAAAGAUUGGUUGCACCAUAGAUGGCAACCUAGAUGACUCGAAAUUCAGCGAUCCGAUCCCUUGGAUCGGAGUCUAUGUUGCAGCAGCAUCUGCAGUUUGUGCACUGGCCAUGGCGAUUGAUGUCCUUCAUGGCCUGCGCCGCAGAAAAUUAUGGUUUCCUUGCAACUUCUUCUCUCUUAACGCUACAACCUUGACGCUUCUAGCUGUUGCCACCAAGUUGUCUGUUGAUUUAAAUACAUCCAUGCCUCGCCAACAAGAUCAGCUGACAAAACUUAGCAGUGCUGCUCUAAUCUGUACGGUAACUGCUAAUUUUUUGCCUUCUUUAGGUCUCAUGGAUAAUACAGACCUGUUGAUGAACAUAAUGGCUUUGGGGAUUUUCGUCAUCACGGCCAUCGUGAACAUUGGCAUACAAUUAGCUACUGGUGUUAUCUAUGUUUUCAGCAAAGAGCAUAUAGCUAUCAUGUUUCUCAUGCUUAUUUUGCUUCUGUUACUGAUCUCCUCAGCCUUGACAAUACCAACUACAAAGUGUUAUUUGGACCUGAAAUAUAAUAAGAGGUACAAGUUAGCAAACAAAGAAUGCAACAUCAGUUAUACAUGCAAAACUCAGAAACUGAAGGACGAACUGAUGAGAUUAUGGACCAUGGCCUAUACCUCUAACCCCCUCUUCGUCGCGGGUCGCUUAGCAACAUGCACUGCCUCUGGAGGUUUCUGCCUUCUGAGCACAGUAAUUUAUGCUCAAGCCAUGCUUAGGUCUUACUUUCUCCAUUCGAGCUUCAGCUUUUGUCGUGGAGAAUCUGAAUACAAGUGGUCCACAACCUUGAUUCUUGUAACUCACACAGUGGCAAUAGGAGUAGGAACUAUUGCACCAGCUUUUAGAUGGUUCAUAGCCAUAAAUUUCCACUGCCCCGUAAAAACAAAUAAUGCCUGCAAACUCAUGUUGUUCAAAGUGGAGAACUACUGGAUCAAUAUACUACUUAAGUGGAAAGAAUGCCCGUUGGAUUUCAGAAUUUGUGGCCGGCAUGGUAGAAAAUUCGCUCAUAAAACAAAGAACAAACUUCUCGAUUUCUGCAUUUGGAUGCAAAUUCUGAUGGUGUCACUCAGUAAGAUGGUUCGGAUCAUUUCCACUUUCUCUGUGAGUUGGUUACUGAUAAGCUGCCAAAAAGUAACCGGGAUGCUGAAAUGCAAAAAUGUGGUGUCUAGUCAUGAUAUAGAGUCACAAGCUAGUCUAAUGUCAGAUCUUAGCCAUUAUGUUUUACACCUAGAAGGAGAGGAAGUAUUAAUUGAUUUGAUGAUGCAAAGCAACUGUGAUGUGGUAGAUAAAUGGAUAGGGAUGGGGAAAAAGGACCAGCCUAAACAUCUAAUACAAUUUUUGGAGAAAGUGAAGUCAUCACCUGGAUUCAGGGGAGUGCACGAAUUCGACCAUGCUAAAAUUCCUUCUUUAGACUCGGAAGAACCUCCUAAUUGCUGGGCUCUUCCUAUAGUGACACUGACAAGCAUUGCAAUUGCACUUCCAGACAUUGAUUUCCACUUAAUCAAGGAAUUAAUAAGGAGUGUGUAUGAAGGUCUCAUGUACAUCAAACUUGUUGAAGAGAACCUGGAUAGCAGAAAAGACCUAGUAUACAUCAGGAAGGCGGCAGAGUUAGUGUGGGUAGAAGUUGACUUAUGUUACAAGUGGCUGGACGUCGAUCUCCGCAAAGCUGCCACUGAAGGACAGAAUCCAAAAGGCGUGCUUGAAGGACUCGCUGAGAAAGCAAAGCAGAGAUUCGUCGAAUUCAGAAAGAACGAUCCAAAUGCUUGUUUGAAGGAUUCACCUUCAAAAUGGCCUACCAAUAUGUUGGCAACAAACUGUAUGUACAGAGUAUGUCAAACUCUUCUGCAAAGUUCUGAUAGCAAAGCAUUUGAGAACAGCAAAACCAUGUUUGACAGAUUGUCAACCAUGAUUGCGGAUAUAACAAGUGCUUGUCUUACCAACCUUGAUAGAGUUAUAUCCAUGCAAUGCCACCAUGGCACCAUUGAAGAGAGAGCAGCAGGUGUCCGCUCUGCCAUCUUGCUUCUGGGGAAAGCAGAGAGUUUUCUGCAUAUUCUUCGGUCACAGCCACUUCCAAGUUCAGCACCAGAUCAAUUGGGAAAUAUUGAUCAUUGGCGCUCACAUAGCAAAGAGGUAGAUUACCUCUCCUGCAGUAGUAGCUCACCCUCAAAUUUUUCUGCAACUUCCCAAAGUUCAUCUGACUUAUAAAUUAUAUCUAACUGAGGACUAAGAAGCAAAUGCCUGAAAGUGGAAAAAGAAUUUAGAUGCUGCUUAAGUUCUAUUGUAAUAGUAUCAUAUUUGUUUAUUUUUAUGUUUUGUACUAUACAACUGAAAUUUAUUUGUUUCACAUCAAAACUCUAGCUUGUUCUAUAAAUAAUAACUCCUUGAAGGAGAGGAAGCAUUAAUUGAUCUGAUGAUGCAAAGCAACAGUAAUCUGGUAGAUCAUUUGAUUAUUAUAGGGAAAAAGAAACAGCAUAAACAUCUUCAACGACUUCUGGAGAAACUGAAACCAUCAGCUGGAUUCAGAGGAGUACACGAAUUCGAUAGUGCUCACAUUCCUUCACCUAACUCGGAAGAUCCUCCUAAUUGCUGGGCUCUCCCAGUAGUGACUAACAAGCAUAGUAGUUGCACUUCAAAACAUCAACUUCCAUUCAAUCAAGGAACUCAUCAGGUGUGUGAAUGAAGGUCUCAUGUACAUCAAAGUAAUGGAAAAUAACCUGGAUGCAAGAAAAGACCUCGCAAGUAUCAGGCGGGCAGCAGAGUUAGUGUGGUUAGAUGUUGAUCUAUGUUACAAGUGGCUGGAUGUUGAUCUCCGGAAGACAACUACUGCAGGAAAAAAUCCAAAAGACAUGCUUGAAGGUCUCUCUGAGAAGGCAAAGCAGAGAUGCAUUGAAUUCAGAAAGAAAGAUUUGACUGUUUGUCCAAAGGGAUCACCUUCAAAAUGGCCUAUCAAUAUGUUGGCAGCCAACUGUAUGUACAGAGUCUGUUGAACUCUUUUGGUGAGUUCUGAUAGCAUAGAGUUGAGAACAGCAAAAUCAUGUCAUUGCCAACCAUGAUCACUGACAUAACAGGUGCUUGUCUUACUAACCUACAAAGAUUUACGCAAUGGCACCAUUAAGGAGAGAUAAAAAGGUGUCCUUUCUGCCAUCUUACUUCUCGGUAAAGCAGAGAAUAUUCUGGAAAUUCUUCGUUCACAGGCACUUUCAAUACCAGAUCAAUUGGCGAAAAUUGAUCAUAGAUGUACACUUAGCAAAGAAGGAGACCUCCUCUCCUGCAGUAGUAGUUCAACCUCAAAUUCUACUCCAACUUCCCAAAUUUCGUUUGGCUUGUAUCUAGCAGUGGAUUGAGAAGCAAAGGCCUGACAUCUUGUUUGGAUGGUUGUUACAUAUUGUUUCAUAAUGUAUUGCACUAUGUUGUAGUCUGUUGUAUUCUUUUGAUGAAUACAACAUUUGGUA